AUGACAACACCGACAAUGAAAAGUAAUACUAUGAUGACGAAUAGUUGGAUUGCAACGCCGCCAUUGAUUAAAAACGAUGAAUCAACAAUGAAUGUUCAUCAUUUUAAUCCAAUUGAAAAUUUACUAAUCGAACAUGCGAGCAUGAGUGUUUAUGAGCAGAUUGCUUCGAAAGCAGCAAACAAACGGCAGAAAAGUACGGUUCAUAAAAUGGAUGAAGAUAUUGACAAUGAUGAGGAUGAAGACGAAGAUGAACGAACAUCCAUCGAAUAUCAAAACUCGAAUUUAACUUCAUUUCUCAAUCAAAACUCAUCUGUGACGAACCUUGAUUCAUCACUUAUCGGCCAUCAACGCUAUUUGAAUCGUUUACAUCAACGUCGUAAACGGUCAACUAAGCCGUCAUCAUCAACUAGUAACGAUGAUUCAAAACAAUUGAUAAAUAAAGCCAUUGAACGUCAACGUUUAAAUCAUGCACGUCCUCCUAAAAUUCUUUUUCAACAAUCGUCUCGUUUAAGUCACUGA